GAAGAAAAAGAAAAAGAAGAAGAAGAAGAAGAAGAAGAAGAAGAAGAAGAAGAAGUAGUCGUGGUACUCCCCCUCGGCCAUAUUGCAUUCAUCAAAACUCUUCGCUCGACCUGUACCUUCAGUUUUAUGGCAAUGACUCAAACCAUUCAGACCAAUGGCGUCCAACCCCUCAGUAAGACCUGGGAGUUGAGCCUCUAUGAACUACAGAGAACUCCACAGGAAGCUAUAACAGAUGGCUUGGAGAUUGCAGUUUCACCCAGGUCAUUACACAGUGAACUAAUGUGUCCGAUUUGUCUGGAUAUGCUGAAAAACACAAUGACAACCAAAGAAUGCCUGCACCGUUUCUGUGCCGAGUGUAUUAUCACAGCUUUGCGAUCUGGCAAUAAAGAAUGUCCUACAUGUCGCAAGAAGUUGGUUUCCAAGAGGUCGCUGCGUCCAGACCCAAAUUUUGAUGCCCUGAUCAGUAAAAUUUACCCAAGCCGGGAUGAGUAUGAAGCACACCAGGAAAGAGUGUUGGCCCGCAUUAGCAAACACAACAACCAGCAAGCACUGUCCCACAGCAUAGAGGAAGGACUGAAGAUACAGGCUAUGACCAGACUGCAGCGUGGUAAAAGACAAACAGUGGAGAAUGGGAGUGGAGCUGAAGAUAAUGGAGACUCCUCACACUGCAGUAAUGCGUCCGUCCAUAGCAAUCAGGAGGCUGGUCCAAGCAUAAAGCGCACCAAGACAAGUGAUGACAGUGGACUUGACAUGGACAAUGCUGCUGAGAACGGGGGAGGUGACUCUGUGAUUGACAGCGGUGCCAGUGAAAUAGAAUUGGUUUUCAGGCCUCAUCCCACACUGAUGGAAAGGGACGAUGGUCACAACAGUGUGGAGUUUGUGCCUCGCUACAUAAAGACAUCUGGAAAUGCAACAGUGGAUCACCUGUCUAAAUACCUGGCUGUCCGUCUGGCUUUGGAGGAGCUUCGAAGAAAUACCGAGGCGAGUCCUGUGAAUGUGGAGGCAGCUUCAGAGAAGCAGUACACGAUCUACAUACCUACUGCAGGAAACCAGUUCACUGUUCUGAAUGGUUCUUUCUCUUUGGAGCUGGUCAGUGAAAAAUACUGGAAGGUGAACAAACCCAUGGAACUAUAUUUUGCCCCUACUAAGGAACACAAGUAAAGCAUAGAGACCAGUUUCAUUCAUGAGGUCAAACUGUGUACUAGGACCUGUGUACACAAAGAAAAGGUGAAUUGUGUCUGAAGGAAAUGGGGAAAAUUUGAUGAAUCUUCCCAAAUGACUCUUGUAAAUAGUUUGUAAAACUUUUCUUACAUCCUCUCAAAAUUGGUUGGUGUCUUUCCCCCGUAGAAGUUAGCAACCAGCAGGUGCCCAACCAAGUGAUAAAAGACCACUAGCAGUUGUAGAUGAAUAUAACAGUCAUUCCGUUGAAAAUGGCAACAUGACUCUUUCAACAAUGACCUCACGGGAUUCGUCUUCAUGAGAGCCCCCUUCAUUUGUAGCUUUACUCAGUCUUGCAUUGAAUUUGAAGAGUAUCCCCCACCCUCCCCAUCUCCCCUUGUUCUUUGUGGAAAACACAUACUGAAAAUUUAUCAGUGUUCUUUGAAUAAUUUCCUGGGUUAUUUUUUUAUGACCCCCAGUGGAGCAAUCCGUGACCCUGCCAGGUUCCCAACCUCCGCGAAAAGCAAGCGUCCACUGUAUGGGCAUUUACUUCUCUAAAUUCCCUUUGAAAUAAGUGUAUAGUUUGAUCAGUGAAUGAUUCCCUGAGCUAAUAUGUUCUCGCAUUCUGCCAUGUGUAGUCAGUUGAUCACUCCUUCGGUGUGCAGUUUUUGUUGUGUUUCCUCUUACUGUAAACUUCUUUGUGAAUUGUGUUGUAUUUCUCAAAAAGAACAUUUUCAUCUGAUGUUUAAGUGCCAUUUUGUAACAUUAAAUUGACUUCCAAAAUGUA